GAGGUUUCUAAGCCUGCCACCUGUUAGAUGCUUUUGUUUCCUGCCUGCCAGAGUUUCAAACUGUUGCCAAACGGUUCAUGAGGCGAUGGGAGAAACAGAAAGGGAAGCUAAGCUUGUGCCUGGGAUGUGAGCUCCUGUUGUGAGGAGACUGCUGGGCUUAAACCCAUCCUUCACUGACUUCAGCAGUCCUUCAUUGAGAAGAACAAUCCUUGCAAGACACCAAGGUAACAAUACAUAGCCAGCUCCUCUAUCCGCCGAACGCUCCCAACCUUUGUAGACCUGCUCUCAUUCCACCAACCAUUCGGCAUGACAUACAGUGGGCUCGCUGGCAUCUUCAUUGCCAUUCUCUUGCACUUCAGACUAAGAUUAAGGGGAUUUAUUUGUCCCAUGCCUAUUCUUAGCAGUGACAUUGCUGGAUGGCAGAACAAGGCAUUUAAACCAGUUGACCUCUCCUGUUAAUAACAAUGACCAACUCAUCAGGUCAGGUAGCUUUGAUGUAGCAUCCAGCUGAUGUCAGUAUAGUUGGCUGGGCUCAUUAAAGGCUAUUUUCAGUUGUGUCAGAGCAUCUAUUUGUACAUCUAGUGAUCAGUAUUCAAUUUUGGUGAGACGGGGUGGAAAGUUCUUCCUCCUUCGUUACACCCUGCUAAAUUUAACCAGGAGCGGAUCUGCAUGUGGAAUUUCUCUGAAGCGCAUGAUAUGCUUGGAUAGUCUAAUACUAGAUUGCAUCACUGCAGGACAGCAGUACCUGGCCAGGGAGAGACAGGGCUUCUUGAAUGCUGUAUACUUGAACUGUAUUGGUGCUAUUUGUGCAUCCUCAUCAGUCAGUCCGCCCAUCUGUCCGUGGUCUCAGACUUUGUCUAGACUUCAGGCACUGCAGACUGGCAGACACACAAGGGCCCUGCUAGUGUAAUUACUCCUGGCAGCGUAGCCACCUCUGCUGAGUUCUGUGCUGCUGAAGUUACGUUGCUAACAGUAUGUAUGCAAGCUACUCUGAAGCCUGCUUGGCUGUGCCUGCAUGAGCAGCAACAACAGGCCUUUGACUGCCGCAUCUGUCUUUUUGUUCCGUGAUUGUUUCCGUGGUAGUGCCUACCACAAAAAAGCCCUGGUCCGUGGCUAGGGAUCCUGGGUGCUACCACAGUCUGAAAAGCAGUAACAUCUGAACUCCUGGGGAACACAGCUGCUGCCUUCACCUCCCUGGGAGUCGUCUUUAUGUGCAAGGAGGCCUGGGGAUUGGCCACCACUCUUCUUCCAAGCAAGCUAGAGGCAGCGAGGAUGCUAGAGGAGAGCAUCCCUUGCCUCGGGGAAAGAAGAGUGGCUGCAUUAGGAGCCCUGGGAAGGUUCCCAGUGGUGCUCAGGCCAAAACAGGCCACCAGCACUGACCUGGAUCCAACUUUUGUACUCUCCUUCCUUGUCAACACAGUUUUUUCCUAAAUAUUGAUUUUCCUCCAGCAACUUGUACCUCCCGCCAGCAGUCUGGAAUGCAGCUACUGUCCCAAGAAAUGAAUACUUCACAGCUCAUUCAUCUUCCUCCACAACCUCUCCCCAUGACUUUCACUUUAAAAUCAGUUUUAUUCUGCUGGCCACCUCCUGCCCCACCAACUCUGACCUACAACUCCAGGCUCCAUCAUUAAGCCUGUGCUCUUUCUGGUUUCAGUUGUGGGCAAGGGUUUGAAGUGGCAACUUGGGAAAGUCCUGUGGUUAACAGCAGUCCAGCAUUCCUUUCUGCUCGUUUAUCAUUUUUGCCCAGUAAUUCCUGUUAUGCGAGUUGUGCUGGAGGUAGAUAAAAGUCAUUGCGCUUAUCUUCCCUAUUUUCUCUGGACGCUAUUCCCACAAGGAUUCCCAAGUCCACACACACACACACACACACACACACACACACACACACACACACACACAACCAGUUCCUUUAGAGGAGCUGCAUAGGGCUUAAUGCAAUGGAGUUAAUUCGACAAUCAAGCCAGCUUGAGAAUCCAGGCAUGGCUGCUAUUCAGGUCCUACUACAGAGGUGGGCAAUUAUUUUGCAUGGAGGGCCACAUACUGAGUUUUGGCAAGCCAUCGAGGGUCGCAUGACAGGCAGCCCGUGGCAGAUAAAUAUUCAUUUUCUAAAUUCUUUAGGAGCCCCAAGGGCCGGAUAGACUGGGCUGGCCCACGGGCUGCAUUUUGCCCACCCCUGUGCUACUCCAUCCCUUCGCUAAAUCUUUUGCCUGCUAGACUUAGAUCACUGAUAAUAAAGCUGAUGUGUGAAUUACUGAUCUGUAUAAAAGGCCAUAACAGUCAUCCUUUAUAGCAAAUUGCUGAGGCAUAUAACAGAAAGUAGAAUCUGUUCCUAGGGUUUUUUUUUUAAAUCAGCCUAAGGAAUUAGAUCUCUCUCCUGGAAUCUGCUAUAAUGAUUUGAUAAAGAACUACAGAAAGCAUCUCAGUUCCUAGUAUACCUUCCUACUAAUACAUUCCUAUUAUUCCAUAUCUUCCUAGGCGUCUCCUCUAUGAUUAGGAUCCUACUGUGCUUACUAUAGCAUGGACACACAGUAGGAGAUAGUCCCUGCCUUGAAGAGAUGAACAGUAGAGCAGGUGAAAGGAAAUGAGAAACAAAAGGGUAAGAGAGCAGAUUGAUGGCAGAAUCAAGAAAAGAGUUCAGGUCUCCAGAUUGCCAAUCAAAUGCCCUGUUCACUGGGAUGUCCUACCUCUAAAGUGAGUUUUUGUUGAACUUCAAGUAUCAAGAGAAGCCCACUAAGUUUACUAAUGUUAUAUUCUACUGGAUAUUUCAAUGAGGAAUAAGUUGCAGAAUGGGAAAAAUGUAUUGUUUUGUAAUUUCUUAGCUGGUCUAAUUAAAGCUAUCAUCUCUGAACCAAGAGUGCUAGAGUUUUGCCUGACUUCCAUGUACAGCCUCGGAGCCCUUUCAUGAAAAUACAUCUGCAUGUAAUUUGGGUCUGCAAAUAGAUGCUUGCAUGCAGACGUCAAGGAACAGGACGCCUUUCACAGGCAGAAUUUGGGAGUCCAGAUGGAAGUGCGUCACACACUGUGCACAGGGAAAAUUCCCCGUGUAUCAUUUAAUCUCACAUUUUGCCACUAGAUGGACUAGCUAAGCAGCAUUUCAGCAGGGCAGCACAUGGUGGUACUGAAGUGACACCUAAGGAAAUAUGGCAGGGCUUAUUUGUGUUUUUAUAUUUUAAAGCCCUUGCAGAAUUCAUCUGCUCGGUGGAAAUGAAGGAUUUCUUGCUGAUGAGCAAAUUACAGUGGCUGCUCUAGGAAUAGGGCGAGGUGGUUAGCUGUGUUAAUCUGAAGUCAGAAGGCAAGGUCGAGAUGCACCUUCAUAGACUAAGAUGUAUAUAAAGAGAGCACAAGCUGGUUUCUGUCCUAAAGUGAAUAACGCAGCUUUAACUUGACAGGUGAAUAAAGACAGACAGGGAAGCACAAAGGGACAAUAUUGAUCCCUAUGAUGAGCUGGUAUCAGUACAUCAGCUGCCGAACUGUAGUCAAUGUUUUGAUCAGGAGAGUUUUAGAAGGAUGCUGUGGCUCUUGGCAGAGCCAAAGCUGUGGAACACGUUUUUUAGGUAUAUGAUAAUCAGAUUCAGUGAAUUUAAGCUGUAAAAAGGGAAAUAUGUCAUCAGGCCGUACCAGUUAAGCCUAUGUUGUAUCAAAGGAUGGCACUAAUUUUAGGCAGAAAGUCUCCUGAGUUGCACACACUAGCACCCAUUCAGUGUCUGGGACUCUUAGGUGCUACCAUAAUACAAAUAAAAAUAGUUUUCCCCCACUUCAGCAUCAGGGCAGUAUAAAGGGCCUUCAGUAUGGAUCAAAGUCAGCCUCACUAGAUCUUAAUAAAAUUUCCCUCUUUCCUACUUUAUCUUCUCUCUUAUUUACGGCUCAGUGCCAGCAGUACAUUGUUUUCUCUGGCCUUUGGCAAGGCUUUCCAAGAGCCAUAACAACUUGCCUUUGCGCACGUGUAGAGCGAGAGCCGUGAAAAAUUCCCUGAAACUUCUCAUUUGAUGCAGGCUUGCCAAGAAGAAAAAAAAAAGUGGCGCUUUUUUAACAAGUUGGAUAUUUUGCUGUCAGGAAAAGAUUCAAAUUUAGCUUGUGCCACUGAAGGCAACCCAGCAUUAAAAGAAGGAGCUUAAGUUAUUAAACUGAGCAGCUUUGAUCAGCCAGUUCAGGGAAAUCCUUUGCUACCAGAGUCCUAAGGAUUAAUGUAUUUUUACCACAAAGCCAAUACAUCUAUUCUGAUCAGUUAGCCAUUGCUCACCACCGCACAUGAAACUUCAUUCUCUGGGUUCCUGCUCAAUACUAUGGGAUCAAAUGGAGUUUUACCUGGAAAUUGACCCUGUUACCUUGAACUUGAUCAUCCUUGUAGCUAGUUAUGUUAUCCUGCUUUUGGUCUUUUUGAUUUCUUGUGUGCUGUACGACUGCAGGGGAAUAGAUCCCAAUAAGGAAUAUGCUCCGGAGACGCCGACAGAGCCCCAGCCUCCGAUUCGGUUAGUGGUGAUGCAGCAGAACUCCUCUGGCCCUUACUGGGGAAAGGGUCUAGUCUCUGCUUACGAAAACUCAUCUGACCUGGUAGGGAAAAGGACUACUGUGGUUUAAAGAGGACCACCACUUGCUUCUGAGUUUCUGUGGAUAUGCUUGCCUCAUCUGCUACAUUUGCAUUCAGUUUGCAAAAGGGUAAGACAGCAAGGUAAGUCCAAAUGCUGACAUGCUGGACGUGGUGGUUGGGAGGGGGUGGGGGUGCCGAGUGAGCUGGUUUGUAUUCAGCUGUUUCUACAUCCAUACGGUCGUGCAAGUCAAGCAUUUGCACUAAUGCACUAAUGCUUCCUUACAUUACUCUGUUAGAUGGUAGAAGUAAUGCCCUUCCCCACGCUGCUCUGAAAAGGGACUUUGAGGUAUAGCAAACCCAUAUUAGGUGUCAUUAGUUUUAUAGAGCCAUGCCGUUGUUCAAAGAGGAUCUCCUCCCUGGCAGGACCGAACUGUAUUAUAAUGGGAGGCCUGCCCCUUGCUUCCAUCUGCAAGCGGCCAUAGUAGCCAUUUAUCUCUCUGGUGAGAAAAGAAAUGUGUAAGGAUUUUCCAAGGAUAGAGAUCUCUCUGAUGUAAGCCUGCUACUGCUUCCAUCAGAAUUUAAUAUUUAUAAUGUUAUUUGUAGGCUUCUCAAGGUUGGCAAGCCUGCCUUGUAGGAGAUGCAAUAUGUUUAACUGCUGCUUAAAACUGACUGUGAAUGCUGCUCUAUGAGUCAAAACCCCCCAAUGCUGUAGUCUUCGGACGAAUGAUACAAGGAGAUACAACGCAAUUCAUGGAAAAGCAGAGGGUGACACCAUCUUCCUUCAUGAAAAUUUGAACCAAGGUAUAUCUAUCUUUAAUUUAGCAAGAAUGAGUCAUAAUAAACAUCCUUGUUCCUAAAACAUGAACUGUAUGAAGCUCUGAAGCAAAAUCAAUUAAGUAAGUUCUAUUUUUAUGCAUGCUUCCCUAGCCUUGCACAGUUUUGCAUUUGCUAUACCAAGUUUUAGAGAGACAUCUCUACUUCUGGCAUUUGCAGGGUGUUAAGUGUUCUUGUAUCAAAGGUAAUAUCACAUAGUUUCCACGAAACUACAAGUUAAAAGCCUCCUUUAUCAAUUAAAAGUCUUCUAUAGCUUUAUCUUACAUCAUGGCUUCCAUUUAGAUAAUAUUUCAGCACUCUACACUCUUAAAUCUUUAAUUGUUUCCCCCCUCAACUUUUACUGAGGUACAAAUUGUGGACACAUAACUCUAGCUUAGUCAGCUUAGGUUUUGAUGGCUAUUGAGCCACAGCAGGACAGCACUAAGCAUAGGCCCUAAAACUCACCCGAAUCUCUGGGUAAAAUAACUUGACUGGUUAGUUCUCACUGAGCUCUGGGCUGCUGAGGCUAGACUCAUGAGCAGGGAUCCUGGUUUUCUCUGUUUAAAAAUCCAAAAUUCUGAUAAAAGUCCAGAAUUCGCUGAUUAAAAAACCCCAAAUCCACAUUUUUCCAUGAAGUGAAACACCACUUUAUAUGUAGGAAUCAGUUGAACACAAUGUUUUAUUGAUAUAUUUGCAAUUUUAAAGCAAUUUGGAAGCCUACCAGUGCCUCGAUCAUUGUAAUAAAAUAAAUUCUAAGUACCUAUA